AUGACGGCGCGCGUCCUCGUCAUUCCCAUUUUCCGGCGCACAUGGCUGGAGCACGUCUGCUCUGGCGCCGCCAGCCGCGGGCCGCCGACGCCCCACUGGAGCACGGGCGGCACGCUUCAGGCCAAGGCCGGCCUCGCGGCCGCCGGCCUGCGCGAGUGGGGCGCCGCCAAGGUGGAUGCUCAGUGGCACAAGAUCCAGUCAGCACCAGAGGGCACGAUGAAUAGCUACCUAUUCAAGCUCGCCCAGUUUGUGCUGCGGCGCGUUGACCCAGACGAGAGCUUUUUGAAGGACCUGCCCUCAGGGGCGGAAGAGCUGCUGCUGCAUCACCCUACCAGCAUCCCCGCGCGCCUCGUGCGGCGGCGGCUGCGGCUGCUGUGCCGCCGCCGCGAGCCGUUCCACCGGCGGAGGGCGUUGAUCUGGGCAGUGUCAACCAUACCCCAGCUGCCGCUGGCUGUCCUGCCUCUCCCAAACAUCCCAAUUUACUACUCUGUAUGGCGCGCUUGGAGCCACCGCAGCGCGGGCUUCGGGGCGCGCGCGCUGACGGGCGCGCUCGACGCGGCGUCAGACGUGCAGCGGUACGAGCUGGCGCUGCAGCUGCAGCGGCUGCGGGACGAGGGCGGUGCGGCGCUGCGGCCUGGGGAGUGGCCGGCGCAGAUGGUCGAGGGGAUUGACAGCCUGCGGGCGGCCGCGGAGGCUGCCCGGGCCCGCAGCCCGCCCGGCGGCAGCAGCGGCACCUCUGAAGUGCCCGUGGCAAGCGGCGGCAGCCGAACAGACGCUAGGGGCUCGGGCGGCGGCAGCGAGCCUGUGGCAGGCAGCAGCGGCGAGGCGAUCGGAUGCGGCGCUGUUGGCAGCAGCAGCAGCAGCAGCAGCAGCAGCAACAGCAGCAGCAGCAGCAGCAGCAGCAGCAGCAGCAGCAGCAGCAGCAGCAGCAGCAGUGGGAGCGGCGGCAGCGACACUGCUGAGGAGGCGGCGUUGCCACCCUCUCACGCGUCCAAGCCGCGCGAGCGGCCCAAGCUGCUGCCCAUGCCGGUCUUUGUGGCGGACUCCUUUUUAGAGGAGGUCGUGCGGCCCGAUGCCAGGUGA